CGUUAUCGUUUAGUCUCACGCGGAAACGUCAUACUUGACAACAAAACAGAGAGACCAUUUACUUUUUUUUUUAUUUCUGUGCACUGUAUUUAUUCUGUGUACCGACAUAUAUAAUCCAAAGCCCCGUAACAGAUUGUACACGUUGCUAUAAAGACAUUUCAGCUAACUAAGGCUGGAUAGCCAGCGUACGCUAACACUGCAAGGUAUUUCAUUGUAGCUGGGAGAGUGAAGUAGGUUGUUUACGUUACAUACAGGACUUGACAGUUUCCAGUAUGGCCUGCACUUUAGAAAAAGUGUUGGGCGAUGCCCGGACCCUGCUCGAGAGGCUGAAAGAGCACGAUACGGCCGCCGAGGGACUGAUAGAGCAGUCCGGGGCCCUCAGCCAGAGAGUGCAGAGCAUGAAAGAGGUGGGAAAUGCCCUUCCAGACAAGCACACAGAAGACACUUCAGAGAUUCAGGAGCUGACAAAAUACAAGCCUCAUGUCCUUCUGACUCAGGAAAACACUCAAAUCAAGGAACUACAGCAGGAGAAUAAAGAACUAUGGUUAUCUCUUGAAGAACACCAGUACGCGCUAGAGUUGAUCAUGGGUCGUUACCGCAAGCAGAUGCUUCAGCUGAUGAUGGCCAAGAAGGAGCUGGACACCAAACCCGUGCUCAGCCUCCAUGAGAACCACGCAAAAGAAGUGCAGAGCCAGGUGGAACGGAUAUGCGAGAUGGGCCAGGUGAUGAGAAGAGCAGUGCAGGUGGACGAUCAGCACUACUGCUCUGUUCGAGAGAGGCUGGCUCAACUAGAGAUUGAGAACAAAGAGCUACGAGACCUCCUGGACAUCAGCAAGAGCUCUGUGAAGGCAGCGAGAGAAGAAACCAACCAGCCAGCAGCAGCAACAACGCAAGAACUGUCCCCUCAGCCAGAGUCCUACGAGUGAUCAGAACAGCCUGGAUCGUUUGUGGCAACAAGUCAGGAGACACGGUUGAUGAUCUCUUUACCUGUGUCAACCACAUAAUUAUUUUUUUUAUUAACGUAAGAUGCAAUGCAGCAAAUCACAGCAUUUUAUUUGUAGCAAAGGCCACUUAAUCACAGCAUACUGGCUAUCACAUGCAUUUUAACCUGCAAGUAUAUCUGGAUGAUGGCUGUUGUUUUACAUAAUGUGUAUAAUCACUGCAGUCAUGUUGGAGUGAAUUUAAGAUAGACACGUACUGGAGCAAAGGCAGUAAAAGCAAAGGGGAUUUAUUUUAUUUUCGGCCAAAGAUACAUUUAUUUUUAAAGGACACAAUUUCUACCUCUUUGGUGCCCCUUUGCUGUUCACACAUACACGCACACAAUGUUUGAAAUGCUCAUGACCACACCUGCUAUGAGUUCACUUGAAGUCCAUUAAGAAGCCAAGUUGUUUUCUACACCGUUUUAAGAGGCUGUGCUUGAUAAUCACUCUGCCAAUAAGAUGAUGACUUUUGGCUGUUUCACAGUUUGCCUGCUGAGGAGUGACAUUGGAUCAUUUGUAUGUGAUUGUCUCAUUUAAUGAAUUUGAUACGUUUGUCGGUCUGUUUUGUAGAAUUCAUAUAUAACAUGAUAUCCAUGUUUAGUACUGUGUGUUAAACACCUGUUUUGUAGUUUUCAGAUUUGGAUGCAGGUGUGUCCCAGCUAGUGGCACAUCUUUAUUUAAU